AUGGCUACAUCCCCUCCAAGGUCCUCAGACGGCCAUGAAGGAGCCACCGCCGAGCCAGAGGCUGGCCCGUCUCGCUCCCCCUCGCCAUCACGCUCGCCGCGCUCGGUUCGCUCCAGAGCCACCUCACCAGCCUCUUCCCGAAAGGGGAAAGCCGUCGACGUGAACGACUCCGACACCGAUCCCCAAGCAGACAAUGCCCAAGGGAAUGGCGGCGGUAACGGCGAUGCGACACCGCUGGACAAGGAGGAGAGUGAUAAUGCCCACGAACAAGGCCAUGCUUCGGAUCCAGAAGUUGAGGGCGAUGAGAGUGCGGAGGAAGCCGAAAGUGAGAGUGAGAGUGAGGAGGAGGAAGACGGGGAGGACGACGAGGAGGAUGACGAGGAGGAUGACGAAGGUGACGAGGACGAUGCGACAGAAGUCAAGCAGGACGCUGCCGAAAAUGGUCUAGCCGCUGUUGAGGACACGGCAGGCGAGAGCGAGGAGGAAGAUGGCUCCGACGAUGCCUCGGACGAGGAAGACGACGAUGAACAAGACGACGACGCCGAGGAGGAGGAGCCGGUCCUCAAGUACACUCGCAUGAAGAACCGAAUAUCAGAGGUUCUUGGGAGAGACAGUGCGACAGCCAUCGAUGUCUCCCCUCGGGUGGUUGUAAGUGGUGCGGUACACCGACUGUGUUCGCUCACCCCUCAGGCUGUCGGUACCCAAAUGGGCAUGGUCCACGUCCUCACCUACGACGGUGCCAAGGUCAACUCGUUCCGUCCGCAUGCUGCCAACGUCACUGCUCUCCGACUCGAUGAGGAGAAUGACUUUGUGGCGACGGCGAGCAUGGAAGGUGGGUUGUCGGACUCCACAAACACAGCUAACCCCCCAGGCCGUGUUGUGAUUCAUUCUCUCACGAGCACCGAGUCGUACGCAUUCGACUACAAGCGACCCAUGAACGCUAUUGCCCUCGAGCCUGGGUUCGCCAAGAAGAGCACCCGCGCCUUUGUCUGCGGCGGCAUGACUGGAAACCUGGUGCUGCAGGAGAAGGGCUGGCUCGGGUACCGCGAGCAAGUGCUUCACUCUGGCGAGGGCCCCAUCUGGGCUAUUGAAUGGCGUGGCGAUCUCAUUGCAUGGGCCAACGACCUUGGUGUCAAGAUCUAUGACCGGCUGUCUGGACAGAGGAUCGGUUACAUUGACCGCGGUGCCAACGCACCACGCGCCGAGCUGUUCAAGUGCACGCUCAUGUGGAAAGACGACCGCACGCUCGUCAUCGGGUGGGCGGACCACGUCAAGAUUGUGCGUGUGCGCAACCGCCCACAAGGCGCGGGCAGGCUACCUCCCUUCACCAUCGAGGUCUUGUCCGUGUGGGAGGUCGACUGCAUGGUUGCGGGUCUUGCGCCAUACUCGUCGUCUGGCUAUGUCGUCCUUGCGUACAUUCCACCAGACACGUACGAGAACGAAGCAACACAAGACCGCGCCGAGCAGAGACGCAAAGCGGCCAAUCGACCCGAGCUCCGCAUCAUCGACCGCGGCGACGAGAUUGCCGCCGAUGAGCUGGCCAUUACGUCGUUUGAGCGCUACAGCUGCAACGACUACAGCAUUAUUCGGUCCAUGAAGCAGGAUGACACCGACGUCUUCCUUGUCCUGACGCCUGCCGAUAUUAUCGUCGUCCGACCACGCGACGAGGCCGACCACAUUGACUGGCUGGUCGAGCGCGAGCAGUACGAAGAGGCUCUCAGUGCCGCCGAGGCGUUGCGCGAAAAGCACGGCGGUGCCUUUGACGUCCAGGCCAUUGGACUCAAGCAACUUUGCGCACGCGGCGUCACUCGCGCCAAAGGUGCUCGAUACGAAUGCGGCGAGCUGGGAGAAGUGGAUCUACACUUUUGUUCAGCACCACCAACUACAGGUAAGCUGAAGGGACUUCUUGAAGCUGACAUUCAGGCUAUCAUUCCACGGAUCCCGGUCCAAAAACCUCAGCUCAGCCGUGCAGUGUACGAGAUGGUCCUGGGACAUUUGCUAGUCAACGACAAGACCGUGAGUUGGAAAUUGGUCGCGCCUGCUAACUCGCAGGCACUCCUCGAGACUGUUACAACGUGGCCGAUAGAGAUCUACGACUCGAACGCUGUCAUUUCUGCCGUUCAAAGCGAGCUUGACGCGACAAAGAACGACCCCGUCUUGCUAGAGGUGAUGGCUGAGCUGCAUAUUGGUCGUGGCCAGCCUGCACGAGCCCUCCCCUUCUAUCUGCGCCUGCGCAAGCCCAACGUCUUUGACCUCAUCCGCGACCACAACCUGUUCGAUGCGGUCCAGGAGCAGGCGCUGCUGCUCGUCGAGUUUGACCGCGAGAGGGUCAAGGAGAACCCCGAGGCGGCCAAGGACGGCAAGUACGGUGCCGCCAUUGAGCUUCUCGUGGACCACACCCUGGCCAUUCCUGUCGACCGUGUCGUGCAGCAGCUGGAAGCCAAGCCGCAGUUCCUGUACAUGUACCUCGACGCGCUGUUUGACAAGGACUCUGCCUCGUGUCAGCCUUACAGCGAUAGAAUGGUGGGUAGCUCGUCCGGCAAAUAUCUAACCCAGCAGGUUGACCUCUACGCGACGUACGACCACGCACGGCUCAUGCCCUUCCUCCGUGCCAGCAACUUUUACGACCUGGAGCGUGCUCUGCGCAUCUGUGAAAAGCACGACUAUGUCCACGAGACAGUGUUCCUGCUGGGCCGGAUGGGCGACAACCUCAAGGCGCUCAAGCUCAUCAUUGAGCGACUGGGAGAUGUGCAGCUUGCGAUUGAUUUCGCCGAGGAGCAGCGCGACGAUGACCUGUGGGAGGCAUUGCUCACGCAUUCCGAGACUCGGCCGGACUUUAUCCGCGCACUGCUCGAGCACGGCGGCACGGAGAUCAACCCUGUGCGCUUGAUUGAACGUAUCAAGGAGGGCCUCGAGAUUCCAGGUCUCAAGCCUGCCGUCGUCAAGGUGCUCCAGGCGUCCAACCUUCAGGUCUCGCUGCUGGAAGGGUGCAAGCGCAUCCUGUAUGGCGACUGCAGCAUGCUCGCGAGCGAGCUGCACGUCUCCCAAACAGCAGGCACACACUACCAGCCGGCCACGGUGUGUCAGGUAUGCGGCAAGCCCGCGUUCCCACACACCACCGUGGCCGCCGCACCCUUGGUCCUCGUCUAUCUGUGCCGCCACCUCGUGCACGCGACGUGUGCCGUGCCCAACGAGGACGUCGAGCUGCCUGAACGCCCCGAAAACUCGGCCGUGACGGCCUUGCUGCUCGCCGACAAGCCGACGACGGCGGGAUCCAAGCGCGCCCAAGAACGCGCGCUGGGCGUCAAGCUCAGCUACGAGGCCAUGUUGCUGGGAGAGUGGUUGGACAGGUGUGAACCGUGGCGCGACACGUUGGGUCGUUCCUUGCUCCGCGCCCAGGGCGAGUAA